ACGGCUUAAUAGCAAUCGCUUAAAAUCAAUCCCAGAUAAUUUUUUAUCGAGUGCCGCUAAUUUAUUACGAUUGGAUCUGUCACACAAUGCCCUCACCGCGGUACCGAAACGGGCGUUUAAGGGAGCUCCGGCUCUACGCAGCCUUCAACUGGACAACAAUCAAAUCACCUGCCUGGACGAAAGUGCCGUGAAAGGGCUGAUAGAGCUGGAAAUACUGACUCUGAACAAUAACAACAUCACCACACUGCCACGCGAUAUGUUUGGUGGAAUGCCACGCCUACGGGCGUUGCGCCUUUCGGAAAAUCCAUUUGCGUGCGAUUGUCAUCUCUCCUGGUUGGCCCGAUAUCUGAAGAAUGCGUCACGGUUGGCCCCGUACACGCGGUGCCACUCGCCCGGCCAACUGAAGGGCCAGAACGUGGCUGACCUGCACGAGCAAGAGUUUAAAUGUUCCG